UGUGACGGCUGUGCUCGGGGUGGGCGGGGGACUGCGCGUGCGCACUUAGCUGCGGUGUGGUUCUGUCGCCCGCGCCCUUCCGAUUCCGGGAUCAGGAGCCGGGACCGUGGACACCCAGCAGUCACUCCCAGCUGUAUGGACUCUAAGCCUCCAUCAUGGGGCAUAUGCUAUCCAGGGUGUUUGGGAACAAAGAAAUGCGGAUAUUAAUGUUGGGUCUAGACGCAGCCGGGAAGACCACCAUUCUGUACAAGCUGAAGUUGGGCCAGUCCGUCACCACCAUUCCCACUGUGGGCUUCAACGUGGAGACGGUGACCUAUAAGAAUGUUAAGUUCAAUGUGUGGGACGUUGGCGGCCAGGACAAGAUCCGUCCUCUCUGGAGGCAUUAUUACACAGGCACGCAGGGCCUGAUAUUUGUGGUAGACUGUGCCGACCGAGACCGCAUCGACGAGGCGCGGCAAGAACUCCACCGCAUCAUUAACGACCGUGAAAUGAGAGAUGCCAUCAUUCUCAUUUUUGCCAACAAACAGGACCUGGCAGAUGCCAUGAAGCCACACGAAAUCCAGGAAAAGCUUGGACUAACCCGCAUCAGGGACAGAAACUGGUACGUCCAACCGUCUUGUGCCAACACCGGAGAGGGACUCUAUGAGGGCCUCAUGUGGCUAACUUCAAACUACAAAUCUUAAAUUCUUUUUAUGGUGAUUUUUUUUUAAUUUUUAAUAUAUAUGAUUUUUUUUUUUUUCUCUUUAAUUUUACUGGCUCAGUAGAGGAGCUUUGAAGGAGUAAUCCUUAUCAACCAAAUCUGGGUGGCCCAUUUUGUUCUGUAAUGAAGGGUUGGGGGAGAGUUUGGAGUGGCAGGGCUGUAAAGGACUUUGCUGGGUACUGACAGCCCCUUGCGAAAAUCUGCCUUAAUUAUCAGUGUGAAGUGAUUAACACGGCUGAGUAUUAGCUCUUCCUUCAGACCUCAGCAGUCGCAGCUCAUGAAUAGGGCUGGUUACCUCUUUCUCAGAAGCAGAAACCAUGCAAUAGCAGCCCGCUAUUAAAAUCUUGCCUUUUCCGUAAAUGGGCAAACCGAGAACACUGCAGGGUGGAGGGUUUCUUUCAGUGUUACACAAUUACCAUGGGUGCAAUAUCCUCUUAAGAGUGUAAUUUCUCACACCAGACCAGUGCCUGAUCAUUAUAACGCUUUGCAUAUUUUAUGUUUCCAGCAACUAAAUCUUUUGUCUUAUACAUUUAUUUCUGUAAUAAUUUGCAGUGUUAAUUGGUCUACUGUGUACCUGGAACAAUAUUUGGAUGUUUAUAUCCUUCAGUGCAUUCCUUUUAUAUCUAUUCCGCAAACCAUUUUUAGGUUUAUUUUAGUUAGCCACUUCCACCCCGCAUGCUGGGUUUAACUUUAUAUUUAAUGAAACUCGUUCCACUGUUCCCAGCUCUUAUAGGGGCUCAUUCACACCUACACACCGCACUUUGCAGUCGCUAACGAACACCAGAAAACUGCAUUACAAACAGGAUGAAUGGUUUCCGAAGGGCUCGUUCUUGCCGUUGAGACCGAUUUGUCACAUGUUAAGACGCGCUACCGGUACAAUGGAUUGUAUUGGUAAAAGCAUAUUGAAUCAAAAGCUCACUGAAACUGUGCUAACACGUCACCCCUAUAUUUUUAUUGGUUUUACCUAUUUUCUCGGCGCGUAUGUGAACGAUCCCUCAGUGUAUCAUUUAGUGUUCUGUACGGGCCUGGUUCUGCGAUCUGUGGGUCUGCAAGUCUGUCAAGAACGUCUUUAAUGCAUCUACUGGGAGUCCGGAUUUUCUGAUUGGUCUCUCAAUGUGUUUCCAAUCAUAAACGUCUGCUAUGAAGGAGGUAGUAAUGUCUUGUAUCGCAUUGGGCUUGUUCGUAACUCUGAAUCGGCCACCCUACUCUACACUUACACAACAAACACACACUACAUCUAUCUUUUAUUAUUUGGCCACGAUACAGCUAGGAGCGCCUCCGGUUUCAGCACUUGGCACCUUGUUCGCAGACAACACAGGUAUGACACAAGCUGACUUCCUUGCACUUGUCUGUAUGGAGCAGGUCCUCUUGUGGCAUUCAUUCUGAUAUGCACACGGUGACCCUCAGUGUAGUGUAAUGUUACAGUGUUGAUUGGGGCAAACUUUUUUAUUUUAUUUGUAUUUUUUUCUUAUGGCUGGCUUGGUCUUCCAGCCCAUAGGGCAAGAGUGCCUGAUAUCACUUACUGACACACUGGUGAAACGAGGGGGUAAAUCCUUACUGACUGACAUGCAUUGCUGAGCUAUGCAGACCUUCCGAUGGUCUUAUUUCUGCCCUUCCCUCCAGUGCACUAAUGCUAUUCCUGUUCCAGAAUGUUUUAUUUCCAAUAAGAUUUGUUUCAUGUUGUAUUGCUUAAAUCUUAUCAAUAAAUUUCAACGAUGCAUCCAA